GUCAGCCAUACGUUCGCCGUCCGGUCGACUCUGUAUUAAACGACUGUUUAUUACGUUAAACAUAAUGGCAUUACUAGUAUUUUCGCUGUAUAUCAUAACAAGUAUUAUGUUAUACAUAAAAGGACCGACAAUUGUGUCCACAAAAAUAUCUGUACGCGAUCUUCGGCAACGACUAAAAGCUAUUUACCGGGAGAUUCACUCACUGGACGGUCAUCUCUAUGAUCAAAGUCAACGUUUCCUGAGUCAACAGUUGCCAAACAGUCGGUCUGAGUCUCGGUUAAUAUAUCCGCAAGAGAUCUAUGAAAUCACUCGAAACAGUUCCGUAUCUAAAGGUCGGUGUAGUGGUAGAGCCGGUGGCGAUCUACAAGUGCUUGUAAUGGUAUUGAAUAGUGUUGACAAUUAUCUGGUACGACAAGCAAUACGACAUACGUGGGGACGGGAUUUCAAACGAGACAAACGGUCAAAGUUGUACUUUGCCGUAGGUCUGUCCAACUCAACAGAUAUACAAAGAAAACUACUCAUCGAAGACAGUGUUCAUCACGACAUCAUUCAGUGGCCAUAUUUAGAAAGCUAUUAUAACUGUACGAUAAAAGCAAUGGCAAUACUUCGGUGGACAGCAAUGAACUGUCCAUUAGUCAAGUUUAUACUGAAAGUAGACGACGACACUGUUGUAUUGGCCGAUAAUUUGAUAAAGUUUGCCCAAAAUACCGAUCCGGACUCUAUAUAUGGAUACUUGUGGAGCAAAGCAUCGGUUAAACGAAAUGAUGGAGAAAAGUGGACAAUCAGUGCUAGUGAUUAUCCCUAUGAAGUCUAUCCUGAUUAUAUCGGUGGUCCAUAUUUGAUCCCUGGUCAAAAGUCUCUAACUUUAUACAGGGCUGCCAUACUUAAAGCACUGCCAGCCUUACCAUUUGAGGACGUGUUUAUUACUGGACUAUUAGCCGAAAUGUUACACAUCGAGCGCCGACCUAUGCCUGAACUUCUYUAUCGGGAUCCCCGAAGUGACUGUGAUAUUGAACGCCUUGACCUUUGCUGGUACUCAAAGAGCUCAAUCAUAUGGCAAGCAAUYAAUGACACCUCAAUGGCUAUACUAUAUCAUCGAUUCAAAGUAUUUGAUGACUACUAUUGCAAUAAAUACUCAUUUCAUAACAUAUAUUCAGUUGUCUACUAUUAUUACACAAAAUUUAUUUUUGGUUAUAAGCCGUUUGUGUUCACAAAAAUAUCGGAAUCAGAUCUCCGAAACAAAUUAAGAGAUAUUUAUCGGGAAAUCCAUUCAUUGGACAAAUGGCUAUACAAUCAAAGUCUUCAUUCUUCACAACAAUUACUAAAUAGUCGUUCAAAAUCACGAUUAAUACCUCCGAAAGAGAUCUAUGAAAUCACUCAAAACAGUUCCAUAACUAAAGGUCUGUGUAGUAAACARGCCGGUGCUGACCUACAUGUGCUCGUAAUGGUAGUAAGUUAUGUGKCCAACUUUCGUAURCGUCARACAAUAAGACAAACUUGGGGCCGGGAUAUCAAACGAGACAACCGUUCAAARCUGUAYUUUGUUGUGGGUCUGUCCAACUCAAUAGACRUACAAAGAAAACUASUCGAYGAAGACAAUGUUCAUCACGAUAUCAUUCAGACACCAUAUUUAGARGACUAUUAUAAGCUUACAAUAAAAUCAAUAGCAAUACUUCGGUGGACAGCAAUGAACUGUCCAUUUGUCAAUUCCCGAUGCUAUUUAUGGACACRUAUGGCAUAA